UGACUCCGACGACGAAGAUUGGGACCUGAUCCGGACCAAACGAAUCAAGACUACCGAGGAAGCAUUCUUACGUCCAGCCAGUCCAAGAGAGCAGUAAAAGCGCCGCUUUGCAGUUUGAACGCAAAACAGAUAUAAUGUUCCGUCGAGCCGUUCUUUCCCUAUCGACCCGGGCGAUUCGCACACCGGUACCUUGUUCGGUCGCACGCGGGGGUGCGUCGCAAGUCCGGUCCUUGGCGCAGACGACCUUUUACUUGCCCGAUCCGGCUGAUCGUUCGCAAGAUGUCCACAAUCGGGGUAAUCUGCAGCUUUCCAAGAUUGUCGCGACCAUUGGACCAACGUCGGAACAAGAGGAACCGCUCCGGCUCGUCACGGACGCCGGGAUGCGCAUCAUGCGACUGAACUUUUCCCACGCCACGAAAGAAGAAGUCGAACUCCGCAUUACCAAUCUCGCACUGGCACAGAAAGCCCUCCAGCCGCCGGGUACAUUGGAAAUGCAAGAUGUACGGGCCCUCUUGCUCGACACCAAGGGACCGGAGAUUCGAUCCGGGAAGUUGGCACACGAUGAGUCCGGGCAUGCAACUGUCACGCUUCAACAAGGUCAGAGGAUUGAACUAUUCAACGACGCUUCGCGCCAGCAACAAUCCGGUAGUACCGAGCAAGCGUUAUACAUUGAUUAUCCAGGAUUGCACCGCUGCUUGCAUCCCUCAAUGAAGGUUCUCUUGGACGACGGUGCGAUUACGUUAACUGUCCAGAGCGUCAACGUGGAAGCCGCGACCGUUUCUUGUGUGGUGGACAAUGCGGGCGAAUUGCGCUCACGGGCUGGGGUCAAUCUCCCACUUGCCGACACCUCAGAUUUGCCGGCUAUGAGCGACAAGGACAAACAGGAUAUCAAGUAUGGCAUGACCAUGGACAUUGAUUACGUAGCCGCUUCGUUCGUGCAAACUGCGGAAGGGGUCAACGAAAUUCGGGGCUACAUUCAGCAAUGUGCCCAAGAGUUGGGUUGGGACGAUUCGCAUCCCUUGCCGCUUAUUAUCAGCAAAAUUGAAACGGCGGGAGCUUUGCAGCAUUUUGACGCUAUUUUGGCCGCGUCAGACGGAAUCAUGGUUGCCCGCGGGGACCUUGGAGUCGAAAUCCCUUUGACCCAGGUGACCAAUGCUCAGAAGGAAAUGGUAGCAGCCUGCAAUGCAGUGGGCAAACCGGUCAUCGUGGCCACACAAAUGUUGGAAAGUAUGGCCAAGAGCCCGCGUCCAACUCGGGCCGAGGUUAGUGAUGUCACGAACGCCAUCUACGAUGGGGCUGACUGUGUGAUGCUUUCGGGAGAAACCGCGAAAGGAAAGUUCCCAACCGAGGCGGUUAGAACCAUGAACGAAAUCAUUCUGGCUGCGGAGCGUUACACUACGUCGGGUGCGCUGGGUCAUUCGUAUCAUAGACCGGCGUUUGUGGGACCCAAAACCGCCGAUUCCGCGGUUGCUAAGGCGGCCGUAACCGCUUCCGUGGAACGAGACUGUGCGGCCAUUUUGGUACUGACCCAGCACGGUUCGCUUCCUCCACUCGUCUCGGCAUACCGUCCACGAGUGCCCAUUUUUGCCUUCUGUCCCACGCCCAAGUUAGCCCGACAGUUGCAAGUGUAUCGUGGCAUUCAUCCUAUCGUCGACUCGACUCUUACUGAUGGCAAUGAUUGCAAGCGUCCAGAACAGGCGGUCCAGGAAGCCAAGGAUAUGGGGUUGCUACAGUCCGGCGAUGAAGUAGUCGUGGUAUCAAUGGAUGGAACCACCGCGACCAUGAAAAUUGCAAUUGUGUCUUAAAUCGAUUGCGAGUGCGCAGGAAGAGUAGAAUGCUUAUAGGAUGCUUUGCAAUAAAGAUGUAGUAAAAUGGCAAUGGAUAAAAGUGACACGACC